GUGAAGUGCAGAAGUGCACUUGCUCAGAAAGAGUCGGGCGACCCAGAUUGCACUUGAAGGCAGCACUACAGCCGCCCCACGCCAACAGCAGACCCAGAUUGCACUUGAAGGCAGCACUACAGCCGCCCCUUCGCCCCACGCCAACAGCAGACACGGCCGCUACCUGCCGCCCGGAAUGGACGUGUUCUCAACGGAUACCAAUUUCUCUGUUGGCGCAGCGGGGCCGCGGGAGAAGCCUGGCCCGACAUGACAGCCAUAGGGCUGGGGAAGAAAGCCCGCCCACGGCCGUGGUUCAGCGUCCGGCCCAAAGUGGGAUGGGACAUGGGUCGCUACGCCUUACUGACCGCUCUGUGCGCCCUGUGCUACAGCAACUCUCUCCGCGGGGAGUUGGUACACGACGAUGUGUGGGCUAUCGUCAACAAUCCGGACGUCCGACCAGGCUCCAGCCUCCGAAACAUCUUCAGCAACGACUUUUGGGGGAAAGGGAUGGCGGACAAUACGAGCCACAAGUCAUACAGACCGCUAUGCGUCCUCACUUUCAAGUUGAACAUCCUGCUGGGCGGCAUGACUCCUCUCUAUUUCCACAUCGUAAAUGUGUGUUUGCACUACGCAGUAACCUGCCUUCUCAUGUACAUCUGUGAACGCUUUGUGUUUGAAGACUCGCGUCUGGCGUCGGUCACAGCACUCCUCUUUGCUGUGCAUCCCGUCCACACAGAGGCCGUGUCUGGUAUUGUGGGCAGGGCGGAUGUCUUGGCAUGUCUGCUGUUCCUGCUGACGUUCAUUUCCUACAUCAGGAGUGUGGGUGUGUGUGUCUCUGAGGACUCUGCGCCCUCCACGCUGUCAGUGUGUUCUCUGCUUGUCACUUUGUUGCUGGGCACCUGUGCCAUGCUGGUGAAGGAGACUGGCAUCACUGUGUUCGGAGUGUGCUUGCUCUACGACGCCCUGGUGCUGUGCCGCAAACCUCUGGUCAAUCACCUGACUGGCUCCAGAUUCAGGACCCUCCACCACAUCUUCCGCCCCUUCAUCAAACGAGCCUGCCUUAUCUCUGGCUAUGUAUUGAUCAUCAUGUCGGUCAGGCUGUGGCUGAUGGGAGGAUCCAUGCCCCUCUUCUCUGAACAGGACAACCCUGCUUCCUUCUCCCCACACCUGCUUACCAGGAUUUUGACGUAUUCUUACCUGCUGUCCUUCAAUGCGGGGCUGCUGCUGGCCCCCAUCACUCUGUGUUACGACUGGCAGGUGGGCAGCAUUCCCCUGGUGGAGUCGCUGAGCGACAUGCGCAUCGUGGCCACCGCGCUGCUGCUCGUGGGGUUGGCUGCUCUCACCCUGCACUGCAUGUCCUCUCUGCAGAGAAAGGAUAGCAGACAAGUGUUGGUUGGAGUGUUGUUUUUGGUAUUCCCCUUCAUUCCUGCCAGUAACCUUUUCUUCAGGGUGGGGUUUGUUGUGGCUGAGAGGGUUCUCUACAUGCCAAGUAUGGGUUAUUGCAUCCUGGUGGCUCAUGGCCUAGGUCGGCUGUGUUCGUUGGUGGGCCGUUGGGGCACAACAGUCCUAAGUGUCUCCAUGCUGCUGCUCCUCCUGCUCUUCUCCUGGAAGACUGUUCAGCAGAACCAAGUAUGGCUCUCCAGGGAGGCACUGUUCCGCUCUGGUAUACAGACCUUGCCACACAAUGCCAAAGUCCACUACAACUACGCCAACUUCCUUAAAGACACUGGUCGGCACCAGCAGGCCAUUCACCACUACGCGACUGCGCUCAGAUUAUUCCCACGCCAUGCCAGCGCCAUGAACAAUCUUGGCACUCUGACUCGUGACCCAGAGGAGGCUGAGCGCUACUACAGGACGGCCCUGGAAAUCAACCCCCAGCACAACAGAGCGCUCUUUAACCUGGGAAACCUCCUUAAGUCCCAGGGAAAGGACAGAGAGGCUGAGACUCUGCUGAAGGACUCGCUGCACUUUGGUCAACACUUUGCUGAUGCUUACUCCAGCCUCGCAUCACUCUAUGCUGAGCAGAAACGCUUUGCUGAAGCCAGUGACGUGUAUUUGAAAGGAAUCGAGAACUGUCCGGAUAGCUCCGACCUGCAUAAUAACUAUGGAGUAUUUUUGGUAGAUUUGGGAGAGGGGGAGCUGGCAGCCGCUCACUACCAGCAAGCCAUUAGGCUCAAACCAACACACUACGUUGCCAUGGUGAACCUUGGCCGCCUGCUCCGUUCAUCCAAUGAGAACAUUGAAGCAGAAUCUUGGUAUAAGAGAGCGCUGCUGGUGACGAGAAAGGUGGAGAUUCUGACCCCGCUUGGAGCUCUUUAUUACAACACGGGGCGGUACGAGGAAGCCCUGCAGGUGUACACAGAUGCCACCACCCUGCAGCCAGAUAACACAGACAUUUGGCUGGCUCUGGCCCAGGUUUUGGCCAUGGCCAGUCGUACCAAGGAGGCAGAGAAGAUGACGCUGGACAUCAUAUCUAGAGAAGCCAGCUGUAUCGAAUGUUACCGUCUUUUGUCGGCCAUCUACAACAAGCAUGGAAACUACACAGAGGCACUGGAUGCUCUGGAACAGGCCUUGCAGCAGAGUCCCUCUGAUCCGACAGUGAGAGCAGAGCUGUACUUUUCCAAAGGAAACCAGCUCAGAGAGAUGAACCAGCUGGACCAAGCCUUCGAGAGCUACAAGCAAGCUGUUGAACUCAAACCUGACCAGUCCCAAGCCUGGAUGAACAUGGGAGGGAUUCAGCACAUUAAGGGAGACUAUGCAGCAGCCAGGAUGUACUACCAACGAGCCUUGCUUCUGAACCCUGGCUCCAAACUUCUGGAAGAAAAUUUGGCUAAACUGGACCGACUGGAGAGAAGACUGACCGAGGGAGCGUAGACAACUACGGUUCUCCAGACACUAUACCAUCAUGGGCACAGAUGAGGGAAGAAGGGCACAGCCCAGCCUUUGGAGGCCCAAACAUCAGCGCUGGAUAAGACAGACCUGACCUACUUAGGAACCUACCUAAGAACACUAGCCUUGGUAAGAGCAGUGCACUAUGAUGAACUUGGCAGAACUGCACUGUGUGUCAGUAGACCGGGUGUGGACUCAAAGAGACUGGUUGAGAUUCAGUUCAGACGCCUUUGAAGGCGAGAAGGGAUUAAUCCAAGGGAUUGCACUUGUUCCAUGUGAUGGCUUUUCCUUUAUGUCACGAUGUGUGAGAAUUUGUAUGAAAUGUAUGAAGAAGGUGUGUGGAACAUGUUGUUGUUAUUAUUAUUAUUAUGUUAUUAAGUAAAUGAGCAUGGGAACAGUACAUUCUAAGAUUUUAUUGUGAUCCUUCUGCAAGUAUAAUAAGCUAGUUUUUGUACUCCUGACUCUGCUUCAUGUAUAUCAUAACCUCUGAAGAUUGAUGUUUAGUUUCUUGUUGUGGUUUUGUUGACAGUUAUAUUGAUUAUGAAUGAGUAUUGUUGUGGAUUGACUGGAGAUGCAAAUUAAGUGACCUGUGUAAUGAGUGACAUGCACCAAGAAAAUACAGUGUGUUUUAUUAAAUGGUGUUUGGAGUUA